CUUUGCGGGCGGGAUGUCACGUUUCAUUGGCGAAACGUAUACAGUUGAAAAGAGCGGUGGUAAAUGUGAAAUCGGCGGAUAAUGCGUGUUUUGGAUGGGCUAUGACUGCUGCACUUUAUCCAGCAGAAAAAAACAGCGAUCGCACAUCCUCUUACCCGCAUUAUUCAACGAUAUUCAACUUCCAAGGCAUCAACUUCCCUAUGACGUUGGACCAGAUUGGGAAAUUUGAGAAGAUGAAUAAUCUCUCAAUCAAUGUCUAUAGCGAGAAGGAGGAAGUCAUUCUACCAGUCCGCGUGAGCAAGGAGAAGAAAGAGCGACACUUCAACUUGCUUUACAUCGAAGACGUGUCGGGAUGUGGAAUUGGACACUUCGCGUGGAUCAAGAAUUUAUCCCGGCUCGUCAACUCACAGCUCAAUUCUGAUGGGCACAAGAAAUACAUCUGUGAUCGAUGCCUUCAUUACUUCCCAACCAUUGAUAAGCUGCAGUUCCAUGAGGUGGAUUGUGGCGUUAUCAACGAUUGUGCCGUUCGACUACCAGCUGAGAACGACAAAUGGUUGGAGUUUACCAAUGCCAAUCGGAAGGAGCGUCUCCCGUUCGUGGUAUACGCCGACCUCGAAUGCAUCUUGGAGAAGACCAGCGCUGAAGAAAGGGAGAAAAAUAAGAGCCAACAUCAUCGCGUCUUCAGCGUUGGAUAUUAUGUAAAGUGCUCCUACGAUGAUUCGCUUUCGGGAUACCACGAACGCCGAGGUGAGGACUGCGUGGAAUGGUUCGUAGAAGAACUUAAACAAUUAGCUUUGCGCAGUUGGGUCCCUCGGCUCGUUCUCCACGGAGCCCAGAUUUCACCCGUCCUCCACGCCUUACGCGUGCUCCAUCUCCACAUUAAUUUGGUUCAAUACGACAAAGAAAAAGAAGGAACUCAAUACGUUCUCGGGCUCCAGCAGAAGGCUGAGCCCCCAAGAACAAAACGGAACAUAAGUCCACAGAGGCUCUACUAA